CCUAGAUAUUGUCCAACUUCCACAUCCUCUCUCACAAUAUCUCAUAAAUUCCCAGCAUCUCAACACCGUCAAAAUGGUCUACACAAUAGUCGUGCACCUGCGCUCCAAGCCCGGCGCGGAAAACAUCGCCAAAGUCCACGCCAAGCUCAACGAAGCCUCCGCUGUGUACUCCAAGGACAAGGAGACCAUAUCCUGGUUCGUCAUGCAAUCCGUCCACGACCCCCAAGACUUCACAAUCGUAGAACGGUACGAGAACGAAGGGAGCCAGAAGUACCACCUGGAGAACCCUUACUGGCAGACCUUCGACCCGUUCGUGAAGCCGCUGCUAGAGAAGCCCAUGGACCUGCGGCGCUUCGAGGAGCUCGUCCCGGUUUCCGGCGAGGAGGCAUUGCUGAAGUAAGGGGAUCGUCGCUUACCUAAUAAGGUGGCGUCUGAGGGCUUGAUGAGUAAAAAGUGAAAAGCAAAGACUCGGGAGUGCAUUCUAUAGAUGAGUUUGCUGAGUAAGCUAUGGUAGUGGGAUAUGUACUGUAGAAGGCUCGAAAAUUAGGUAGAGAUUAGUAUCGUCCCUGAUAAUUUACGCCUGUGAUGAUA